GCGAGGGCCGGCGGCGGGCCCGCGGCCAUCGACCCCGCCGCCCGCCCGGCUCGGUGCAUCCGCCUUUUCCUUCCCCCGCGCCGCCUCCGCUCGGGGAGCCGGCGGGGGCCGUACGUGCCGGGCCGGGAGCGAGGGGAGGGUCUGCGGCUUGGCGUCGCUGCAGCAGCGCCGGCCCCGCCGCGCCGCCAGGGACCGGGUGCGGGCGCCGCCGCCGCCGGCUCCGCGCUGCUGCUGCGCGGCGAUCGCCGCUGCUGGCGGGAGGGGCAGGGAUGUGAGCGGUCGGGUCGGCUUGGCCCCCCCUCCCCCCCCCCCCUUUUUUUUUCUUCCUUCCUCUCUCCUCCAAAAAAAGACCAAACCAGCCAACCAACCCCCAAAAAAACAGAGGGCGUGGGGGGUGGGGGGAUUCCGUGUCGCCGCCGCCACACUCCGCGGGAUCCAUUGUGAGGAAAUUGCCAUUCGCCGGCAGCGGCGGCACAUCUGGGCGGGCACAUCUGGGCAUGCAACAUCGGCUCCCGCCGCCUUCCUCCUCCGUUCUCCAACGGGCCGAGCGGAUCCCUCCGGGCCGCCGGGGAGGCUCCUGCUCGCCAGCCCCGGGGUCCAUCUCCCGGACUGACUUAAAAUCUGGUAGCGCGGGGGGUGGGGUGGGGUGGAAAUAAAGGCUGCUUUUUUUUUUCCCCUGGGAUUUAUUUCAUGGGGAUGUGUUCAAGACAAGAGAGGAUUCAGAAGGAUAUUGACGUUGUGAUCCAAAAGUGCAAGGCGGAGAAGGACUGCCUGUUUGCAGAUUUCAGGUACUCAGACGCCACCUUUACCUUCACCUAUACUGGAGGCUCCAAAAGUGUAUCCUAUUCAGUGCAUGUCUCUGAGGAUUACCCAGAUAACACUUAUGUUUCCAGUUCUGAUAAUGAUGAAGAUGUGUUAGUUACAACAGAGCCAAUUCCAGUAAUUUUCCAGCAAAUCGCUACAGAAUUAAGAAAAACCAGUGAUGUCAACUAUUGCUUAUCCAUAAAAUCAAAGUUACAGAGGGAGAAUGGAGAGGAGUCACGGCACAACAGCACAGUUGAAGAAGAUUCUGAAGGAGAUAAUGAUUCUGAGGAAUUUUAUUAUGGAGGACAGGUUAGCUAUGAUGGAGAACUUCACAAGCACCCACAGCUGGAGGCUGAUUUGACAGCAGUGAGAGAGAUCUAUGGACCUAAUGCAGUAUCUCUCAGGGAAUAUGGAGCCAUUGAUGAUGUAGAUAUUGAUCUGCAUAUUGAUGUUAGCUUUCUUGAUGAAGAGAUUGCUGUGGCUUGGGAUGUAAUUCGCACAGAGCCUAUAAUAGUGCGGUUGCACUGUUCACUUACACAGUACUUAAAUGGUCCAGUGCCAACUGUGGAUGUAUUCCAGAUCUCUACUAAGGAAAGAUUUGGGCUGGGACAUCAGCUGAAAAAAAUCAUGCAGACAUUUGUUACACAACAGUGGAAAAAUAGCAAAGAAAAAUCUAAUUGUACGCACAAUAAGAAGAUGUCUGACAAAAGGGUGAAAUCCCCUCUGCACAUCUUUUCUACAUUGCGCAGGUCGCCAAGUUAUCCUCCACCUGGCUGUGGUAAAAAUAAAUCAAAACUGAAGUCUGAACAGGAUGGGAUCUCCAAGACUCACAAGCUACUGAGAAGGACUUGCUCUAGCACAGUGAAGGCAGAGGAUGUGUGUGCCACAAAAUCUCACAGAACAUUUGGCCGCUCAUUGUCGAGUGACCCUAGGGCUGAACAGACAAUGGCUAUUAAAUCACACAAACUGUUGAACCGUUCUUGCUCUUCAGCCGUCAAGCAGGAGGAAUGCAUCACUUUAAAGCCCCCUAAGCUGUUAAGUAGGUCGUGUUCCGGGGACCCUCGAUGUGAGCACAACAGCACCUUGAAGCCCCACAAACUUUUGAGCAGGUCAUACUCCAGUAAUCUUAGAAUGGAAGAAUUAGAUGGAUUGAAGAAUCACAAGUUACUCAGCAAGACUUAUUCCAAUGCCCCUAAAUCAUCCAAAAUGGAGCCUUUCAAGGAGUCCACCAUAGCAGAGAGCAGGAGGCUCUCUCUUACCUCAGGGCUUAUUGGUAUCUUAACGCCAUCUUCAUCAUCACCUUCACAAUCUGCUCAAAACUAUGGUGCAAAAUGCAUUCCAGUACGAGACCGUGGCUUUCUUGUGCAGACUAUUGAAUUUGCUGAGCAGCGGAUACCAGUAUUGAAUGAAUACUGUGUAGUUUGUGAUGAACCCCAUGUGUUCCAGAAUGGCCCAAUGCUGAGGCCCACUGUUUGUGAACGGGAGCUCUGUGUAUUUGCUUUCCAAACAUUAGGAGUGAUGAAUGAAGCUGCUGAUGAAAUUGCAACUGGGGCUCAGGUACCGGAAAGCUGCAGUGCGAUCUCCCUGGAGUCUUUGCUUCUGCAGGCUGAACAACCCCAACUCUCUCAGCCUGCGCUCAUAGAAGUGCUCCAUCCCCGUGAUCAUUUCUGUGGCCCUCCUUUGGACCCGCUCCAACAGGUGGUUGAUCUCUUAGUAUCCAUGUGUCGGUCUGCACUGGAGUCACCUAGGAAGGUUGUCAUUUUUGAGCCAUAUCCUUCUGUUGUUGAUCCUAAUGAUCCUCAGAUGCUGGCCUUUAACCCCAGGAAGAAAAAUUAUGACCGAGUCAUGAAAGCAUUGGACAGUAUCACUUCUAUUAGAGAGAUGACACAGGCACCUUACUUGGAAAUAAAGAAGCAGAUGGAUAAACAAGACCCACUUGCACAUCCUCUUCUACAAUGGGUUAUUUCCAGUAAUAGAUCGCAUAUUGUGAAGCUACCGGUGAAUAGGCAACUCAAGUUUAUGCACACUCCCCACCAGUUCCUACUUCUCAGCAGUCCACCAGCCAAAGAAUCCAAUUUCCGAGCUGCUAAAAAUCUCUACGGAAGUACCUUUGCAUUUCAUGGUUCACACAUUGAAAAUUGGCAUUCCAUCCUGAGGAACGGCUUAGUUGUUGCUUCCAAUACGAGGCUGCAGCUCCAUGGUGCGAUGUUUGGAAGUGGAAUCUACCUUAGUCCAUUGUCAAGCAUAUCAUUUGGUUACUCAGGGAUGAACAAGAAGCAGCAGAAGGUGUCAGCUAAAGAUGAACCAGCUUCAGGCAGUAAGGGCAGUAAUACAUCACAGUCACAGAAGAAAGGACAACAGUCACAAUUUUUGCAAAGCCGUAACUUAAAAUGUAUAGCCUUAUGUGAAGUGAUAACCUCAUCAGAUCUGCACAAACAUGGAGAGAUAUGGGUAGUUCCCAAUACGGACCACGUCUGUACAAGAUUUUUCUUUGUUUAUGAAGAUGGUCAAGUGGGUGAUACAAGUAUAAAUACACAGGAACCAAGCAUUCAUAAAGAGAUUCUUCGAGUCAUUGGCAAUCAAACUGCUACUGGUUAAAAGGACCACUCUUAUUUAAUUGAUGCGAUUUGGAAGCCUUCCUCAGUCUCAAAGCUGGAUUUUGAACUGAAGAAGAUGCAAAAAACUAAUUUAUUAUUAUUAUUCCAAGCAAAUUAACCCUUUGAAUACUUACUGUUUUCUUACUUAGUAUUUCUUAUCUUAUCAAAAUACCAGAGAUGGUAUGAAUUAGCAACUGUAGGGGUGCAAAGUCUAUUAAUAUACUACAAUUAAUAACAAUUAAACAGGCAUUUGGGAUGCUCACAAUAAACAGACUUUAAAAAGGAGUUUUGUGCUGAUAUUUUUAUAUUAAACUUCAAUUGGAGGUUUUAGUACUGUAUACUGGUAUUUUAAAUUUAGAAUGAGUGAAUUAUAAGUGAGAGGAAAGAUUUUGUAGCAGAGCACCUGUACUAUGCAGGAUACUCUGCAAUAAGUAAAAUUUGCUCAUAUUUAAACACAAUAAAAAGUUGUCUGGAACAUGUCAAAGGGAUUGGUUACCUGCAGCUAUCUUUAAUUAAUUUUAUUUUACACAAAUUCAGCUAGGAUUUAGUCAAAGGUUAAAGCAACAAUUUUUUUUCGUUUAAUGAGUGAAACAAAGCAAAAAGUAAUGAAUGCAGUGGUGAAUGUUUAGUUUUCUUUAUCUUCUCUGGAAACACUGUCUUAUCCAUUAAGCUGCUCAGUUGCAUUUUUGAAUUAUAGAAUCCUAGAAGACAUCUGGAAAUCCUGAAGCUGUUAACUUCCUUUUUAAAAAUGUGGGGUUUAUAUACUAGAUUUUACAGUUUCUCUAGAUUAACAAGGUUCUUUAAUGUUUUCAUCUUAACUUCAGUGAAACUGCUCUGUUGUUAAAUUUAGCCAUAUAUUUUAAAGUAUGUGCUGAAUUCAGGCUUUUACAUGAGUGAGAUGAUUGUUGGUAUAUCAGAAAAUACAAAAAAAAUGCAAAAUUUU